CACGCGUUUAUCGUUAUUCGCUUACAGUGUUAUGUUCUCGGCUCGACGUUAUAGGUUAAUUUUGCAAACUGAAUUUGCCUCUCAGUGUGUGAGUCAAUAAUGUCGUGCAGAUCGCGUCACUUUUUCGCAAUUAACAAGCUCGCUUUGCGUACAAGUUUCUCAUCUCGUGAUAUCGAAUUUCCGCGUUUAUCAACUUCAACCAGAAGAUAUCUUUCGAAUGUGGUCGUCGAAUCUCCUUUUCCAUCGUUAACCUUUCCUGAUACGACUAUUAGCGAGUUUAUAUGGAAAGAUGUGCACAGAUGGGGGAAUCGAACAGCUAUCAUUUGCGCGGAAACUGGGAAAAGCUACACGUACAACAGAUUACGUAAAUUAUGCCGCCGGUUCUCGAUAUCAUUACGAAAAAACAAUUUUCAAAAAGGCCAAGUUGUAUCGGUAAUUCUACCAAAUAUGCCCGAAUACCCGAUCGUUUUAUUGGGAUCGGCUGAAGCUGGUUUAAUAGUGACUACUUUCAAUCCGAAUUUUACUGCAGAGGAAAUUUCCCGUCAGUUGGAAAAUUCUCAAACUAAAGCGGUCAUUACUUUGGCUUCACUUUCGAGCAAAGUUACCGAAGCGAGAAAACUUAUCGAGGCUAGAACCAAUAAACCUUACGAAUUAACCUUAAUUACCAUCAAAGAUGAACCUCAAUCAACAUGUGAAAUUAAUUUCGAUGAAAUGAUCAACGAGACGUAUGACAAUGUCAGUGUACCUGAAGUUGAAGUGUGCAAAGAUGACGUAGCUAUUCUACCCUAUAGCAGUGGAACGACUGGAUUUUCUAAAGGAGUUCAGCUGACGCAUUCGAAUCUCGUGAAUAAUUUGCAUCAGGUUAGCGCUGAUGGUGUGAAUUAUCUCGAAGAAGCUUCAGAUACCUACCAAGAAGUAAUCCCAGCUGUAAUCCCAUUCUUUCACAUUUUCGGAAUAAUGUCAAUAAUGCUGCAGUCAUUCUUACACGGCGGAAAGAUCAUCACAUUGCGCAAAUUCGAUCCAGCAAAGUACCUCGAUGUGCUACACGACGAUAAGCCGACCAUCCUUUACCUCGUACCCACCUUGGCUUUCUUCUUAACAUCUCAUCCUUCGGUAGGAGCUCAACAUCUGAACACAGUGAAAAUCUCAUUUUUCGCCGGAGGCAACACACCAGUUGGAGAAAUGGAGAAAUUGGUUCGAACCGGUGGCAAUAAAAUGAAAGUCAGACACGCCUACGGUUUGACAGAAACAUCACCUUGCGUAUGCAUGUCUCUGGAUAACGAUCCAUAUUGCAGCGUUGGUAAACCAAUAGCCAACACAGCUAUUAAAAUCGUCAGUCCGAAUGGAUCGAUAUUAAGUUCCUAUCAACGAGGAGAAAUUUGCGUUAAAGGUCCUCAAGUAAUGAAAGGUUAUUUGAACAACGCGAAAGCUACCGAAGAAGCUAUCGAUCAAGACCAGUUUUUCCACACAGGUGAUAUCGGCUAUUACGACGAUGAUGGCAGAUUUUUCUACGUCGAUCGAAUGAAAGAGUUGAUAAAAGUAAAAGGUUUUCAAGUCCCUCCGGCGGAACUAGAAUCGAUACUUAAAAGUCAUAACGGAGUGAACGACGUCGGCGUUAUCGGUGUACCAGAUAAAAGAUGCGGCGAAAAACCCAUAGCAUUUGUCGUACCAAAAAAGCUGCGAGAAUUUAGCGAAAGCGAUUUAAAAACUUUCGUUGCAACCAAAGUCGCCCCGUACAAACAACUAGCCGACGUAGUAUUUGUUGAAUCGAUACCGCGAAAUCCGUCUGGUAAAAUUUUAAGACGAAUUUUGAAGGAGAAUUAUGGUAAUUUGACGCGAGUCUGAAGGCGCUCGCUAUGUGCGAUUUUUCAAAUACGCGUAUAUUUUUCACCAUUAAGUCGUUUUAUGGCGUUUGUUUAUGGCUUCUUUUCUUCUCCUCUUUUUUUCGCGUGUAUUAUUAUUUUUCUUUCCGCGUGUUUUUAAUAUAAAGUUUAUUAUCGCCUUGUA